AUGUAUGGGGCCGCUGUUAUUGGCUCCUGGCCUCCUGUCAGUUUGCAGAAGGGGCCCCCAAACAGAGCAGGUGAGUCUCAGGGCACGGUGAACUUCGUCCUCUCCAAAGAAGGAGGCGACCUCUCUCUGGUGGAGCAGGCCAACGUCUGGCUCUUCCUCCGUUUGGCGAAGACCAACCGCAGCCGAGCCAAAGUCACCAUCCGCCUCUUCCAGCAGCGCCGGCUCCCAAACGGACACCCGUCCUUGCCGCAGGACGACAUCCUGCUGGCGGAGAAAACCGUGGAUACUCGUCGCAGCGGCUGGCACACCUUCCCGGUGUCAGCGGCGGUUCAAGCGCUCCUGGAGAGCGCCGAGAGCACAACGCUGAGCCUCAGAGUCUCCUGCCCGCUCUGCGCCGAUGCCGGAGCGACGCUCGUCCUGGUCUCCGGCGGCUCAGAGGCGUCGCAGCGCGCCAACCAGCGGGAACAGUCCCACCGGCCCUUCCUCAUGGCUGUGGUCCGGCAGGAGGAUGGCGGCGACUCGCGGCGGCGCAGGAAGCGAGGGCUGGAGUGUGACGGGAAGGUGCGCGUCUGCUGCAAACGGCAGUUCUACGUCAACUUCAAAGACAUCGGCUGGAACGACUGGAUAAUCGCGCCGCCCGGUUAUCAUGCCAACUACUGCGAGGGCGAGUGCCCCUCCCACGUGGCGAGCAUCACCGGGUCCACGUUGUCCUUCCACUCCACCGUCAUCAGCCACUACCGCAUGCGGGGCUACAGCCCCUUCCAGAACCUGCGGUCGUGCUGCGUGCCCACUCGGCUACGCGCCAUGUCCAUGCUCUACUACAACGAGGAGCAGAAGAUCAUCAAGAAGGACAUCCAGAACAUGAUCGUGGAGGAGUGCGGCUGCUCGUAAA